AUGGCGGAGAUGGCGCAGGGCUUUUAUCAAAGGGAUGAGCCCUUGAACUUGCGAAGGGAUGCUGGUGAGUGUUCCCUCAAAGGUCCAAGAUAUCUCCGGCUACCAACGAGCCUGGUCAAAGCCGAUACCGCGCCCGCCACCUUCGAAGAAGAGGCCCUGUGCGCCCUGCUUCGAUUGGCCGGGCGGCCACUCCGCUUCGGAGACUUGCUUCACAUGGCACAGACAUUGGGCCUUGGAAUCCAAGACCAAAGACUGCAAGCCUACGAGGAUUGUGCGAAGAGAGGGUGUUUGGAUUCAGACGAAGAAGGUCAUGAAGGGGAUCGAGAGGAGGAGCCUCCUGUUAUUCAACGCGCGCCAGGCGCGAGGCGCGAGCUGGAGCCCCUGGAGCAUCUCCUCCGCGCCUCCAUUCGCCGGCGCCCCGACCUCUUCCGCGCGGGCGACCAGGAGCUGGAACCGGACCGCGAGGUCUCACUGGCCUGUACGCCGCCGCUGACCUAUUUCCAGAUCCCCUUGCCCAAGAUCUUCCAAGCAGUGUCCAAGCCGGAGACCCCUCUUCAGCAUUGGAAGUGGAUUAAUCGAGCGCUCGCGGUGGAGCAACGCUUCCAGACCCAGUUUCCCCAGGAGGAGGCAGAUGAAGACAAGUGCCAGGAACUCUGUGAUUUGGCUCUCCUACAGGAGUCGCUUCUGAGCACCGUCUAUGGAUAUGCACAGAAGAAGGCCAAAUCCAAAUCUCGCACCCAUGCGUUGCACAGCGACGCGAAAACGGAGCUGAUGAAGGCUUUCCAGCACCAUAUCAGCCAGGACGGAUAUUUAUCUUCCAGUGCUGUGAGAGCUGAGUUGGACAUGGUUUGCUCCAAUCGCAAAGUGCCACAGCAAAAACUCCUGAAGGACAAGGAGAUCGGCGAAAUCUUCAUGCACCAGAUGCGCGCGCAGUUCUUUGUCGACACCACCAUUUGGGUGGCCUUCGCACUUCAACCGAUUGUGACCUUCCAUGAUUUGGAGACGGCCAUUCUCAAAGGCACCGACUUCAAACAUUUAGAGCGCGGGGGAAAAUUCUCCGAGUCGGGCUUGGGGAAUUUGAUGUACCACCCCAUGGUGCGCCACUUCUUGUUGACAGAGAAGGCCCCUGGCGAUUGGCCUUCCGAGUUUCCCAAGAUCACUGGAGAGCAACUCCUACAUCUCAUGGUGAACUCAUGGACGGAGAACUUUUCAGAAAAGAAGUUCGAGAAUACCUGGAGCUUGGAAAGCGCCUUGAUGAAUGCAGCCCAACACUUGGGUCUUUCCCACUUUCGACAUAUUGGGGUCUAUGUGCAGCGAGAGCAUGUGGUGAAAGUGGUCAUGAAGCAGGCCUUGAGCCGAAAAAAUCGGAUUAUAAAAGAGAUCAACAAGCUUGUGAAGAGCAAGGCAGAGUCAGGUUAUGUUAGCUGCAGCUCCAACUGGGACGCUGACAAAUGGCUUCAAUUCUUCCAGAAGCUGCGCUCUUUGCGGUCAGUGUCUGAGCAGCUCUUCUACAUCCGCGAGGUCCUUCAACGGGAAUUGCAUGAGAUGCGAAGAGCCCAUGUGGACGGCUACGUGGAACAACUGCUUGCACCCCUGCUCCUUUGCGCGGUGUCUGGAGCACAUGCGGCCUCUGGUACAAAGGAAGAUCUGGCCGUCUCUUUGCAGCGCUGCAGCGAAGCGCUCCAGCCCUCGAAGAGCGUUUUGGAGGCGGCCGCUGGAGCACUCCAAGAGUUUCCUGCGAAGGAGAAGAGCUUCGCCAAGGUCCUGCUGAAGUGUGAGCAAGAGUUGCUACGAGCCUAUGACGUCCAGCGCCCUUGUGAGCUUCCCUUCUCGCUGCCGCAAUUUCUGGAUCUUCACUCUGAAUUGCAUCACAUGCUGCCGGUGGGCGAGAAUUCGAAGGGCUUCGGAUCCUCCUUGCGUUGCCCGCAGAGUGAGGAGAACGUUUUGCAUUGGUUCAAGGAUGUGCUGAGUGCAACCAUUUUGGCCGAAGGGGAGCAGGAAGAAGGAAGAAGUUUUGGCAAGUUGUUGAAAGCAGUGGGUCGAGGCGAAGAAGAGCUUUGCCAGCGCGGUGAGGUCACAACCUUUGACGAGCUGAAGCUGGGUUUCGGCUAUGGAGAGUUUUUGGCCAAGAAUGCAGAGGAGAUUGGUUCGCUCCUGGAUCGUUUCGACGACACCGACGCGUCUUCCCCGCUCACACGGGACUUGCGCACCUUUUGCGAUGAGCUGAAGGCGUUGCAAUGCAAUGCCUCAGAGGCGUUGUGUGGGAUCCGGGGUCAUUUCGCUUCGCUGCUCUCUCCCGCACAGGCGCAGGUCGCCUGGAACCGGGCAUCUGGCCUCACCAACGCUGCAGCUUCACCGGUCCUGGUCGCCUGGGCACGCGCGGCCGUAAGCGCGCACACCGAACAACAGCCGGGCAUGGCGAAGGGAGAUAAGAUACAAAAGACGGCUGAUGCUGUGGAAGAGAUCGCCUCCGCGCCAUUCCUGAUGGACUUGCAAGUGGUAUUGGAUUGGGAAGACCAAUUCCAGCCCGUGCUUGGCGAGCUCUCCUCCUUUUUGUCCUCCAGUGACUUUGCCACGCAGUGGAACCGAAGAGGUCGCCGUCGCGACGCAGACGACCCGGGACAGAUCACCUUGCUGGGCUGGCGGCACUUCGUGCGACUGCCCUCAGGCUCCGUGGAGGACUUCGCCAAAGCUCUGGACCGGAAAGACCCCGCCGCUGCCAGCGGAGCGGUGCUUCACCGAUACCUUGCAGAGGGGCGCAACUUCCGGCAGGACCAGUUCGUCUUCGCAGCCGAAGAAGCCUUAAGGGGCUGGCACCAAGACUGCCAUCAGCGUGAGAUUUUUGUGCUGCAAGCCAUCACUGCGUUGCCCCUGCAGUGGCGUGACGCCGUGGCACCCAUCUUUGCAAAAGCCUACACGAAGCUGGGUUUGCCUAAGCGAGAAAUGCUCCACGCGUCCCGGCGCAGAGCCGACUGGACAACGACUGUGAGGUGGCUCGCCAAGAACACAGGAGUCACCGAGUGGGAGUUAAAGUGGGAGAGCUUCUACGGCGUUGAUCUCUUGAGUGAGCCGGAGCAACGUGUUCCGCCCCUUCCUCGCCGCGAUCACGGCCACCAUGGGCGUCACGGCGCGGCCGCGGCGCCUUCACGCGGCGCCGCGCAGUUGGAGAUGAGCGAUGUGGACAGCAGUGACGGUGUGAUCUCCGAAGGCACCGACGAAGACGAGGGUCCCAGACGCGACGACGGGUCGGAGAAUGUGAAGCUUUGCCGGAGGAUUGCCAGGAACAAGGGAGUGAAGUUCCAGGACGUGGAUCCUUCCUCUCGCGAGUGGCUGCAAAGGCCCUUGCACUCGGCCCUCCGCUCGCUCCAGCAGACGGUGCAAGGUGCUGUGAAACGUCUUGCAGAUGAUCUCUACAGCGGAGAGGUGCAUUUCAUGCUGGAGCUCCUGCAAAAUGCAGACGACUGCGACUUCCCCAGCGAUGCCCUGCCAAGCCUCACAGUGACCUUCGAGUCCAACCCCGAGCAGUUUGCCAAAUGGACCACCUUCGAACCAUCCAAGCCUGCAAGUGCCUAUUUGAUCAUCGAGCACAACGAGACCGGCUUUCGUGAUUUCAAUUUGAAGGCCCUUUGCGACAUCGCCCAGUCCACCAAAGCGGGUGGUGCUCGGAAGUUCAUCGGUGCCAAAGGCAUCGGGUUUAAGAGCGUCUUCUGUGCCACCACGACGCCAGUGGUACAUUCAGGGCUUUACCAUUGCCACUUCGACUCGGAGGCCUUGGAAGGCUUGGGCUACUUGAUUCCUUUUCCGUUGACUCGCCCCUCGGGCUUCAAGACGGGCACGCGGCUGGUGCUGCCGCUCUACGAGCAAAGCAUGGUCGAGAAAUGUCGUCGAGUGGUGGAGGACUUGAAGCCAGAGCUGUUGCUCUUCUUGCGGAAGUUGGAGAAGAUUACCAUUGUGGAUCAUGUCUUGAAUGUCAAGAAGACGAUCCAGAAGUUCAUCGAUGAAGAAGGCCGGGAAGUACGGCUGGACACAUCCACUGUGUCGACGGCACCAGAUAAUCUCAAAGAGGAUGCUUCGAAGGUUUCUUGGUAUGUGCAUCGCCGUCCAGUAGCGCUUCCACGAGCUAUGGACGGGCAGCGGGACACCGAUCUCCAGAUCGCAUUCCCAAGGAGCACCGAGAGCUUUGAGAAGGAACAGCAGUUGGCCUUUGCUUGGCUACCCUUGAGAUCCUAUGGGUUCCGCUUCAUCGUCCAGGCAGAUUGGGCGGUGCCCAGCUCCAGGGAGUCGAUUUUGGCUGAGCACCCUUUGAACCAGAGCCUGCGAGCUGCGCUGCCAGAGACGUUUUGCGAGCUGAUCGAGCAGCUGGCCGAGCGGGCGCUGGCGAUCGACGACGCCGCGGCGCGGGAGAAGGAGUUUCAGCGCCUCUACAGUCUCAUCCCGCUAGAGGGCCAAGCGGCUGAGUUCUUCGUGGACACUCCCAAGCAGAUCCUUUCAGGACUGGAGGCGAAGAAGUUCGUGCUGGUCCGCCAAGGUGGCAAAGAUCUUUGUGUGACGCCGAAGGAGGUGGUGCGGAAGGAGCUGUCUGGACAGGCCGAGGUGCUUUCGGAGCUCACAGAGGAUGCCAAGGAGGUUCUCGAAAACCUUCUCAACACGAGCAACAUGUACUUCGAGAGGGGAAUCCUCAGCAGUGCGGUGGCAGAUGCCUUGAAGAUCCCCAAGCUGAAUGAGCUGAUUGCCUACCGCUGUUUGGAGUCCUUGUCCCGAAGCAGCGAAACACGUGGUGCCCACACCGCUGCAGAGCUGACGUUGAUCCACCUGCUGCUGAGGAUUUUGCACUUGGCCAACAUCCCGAAGGAAGAUGUGGAGAAGAUUCGGGAACUGCAAGUGAUCCCCACCGAGAGCGGGAAGCUUUGUUCGGUCAAGCAAAAGAUUUACAUGGUUGAUGAGAAGAUGGCCGAGAUGCUUCAAGGUUAUGCAGAGGGCCUCAACCUGAAGUUUCAGCAGACCAUGCAUCCCGAUGUUGGACAUUUCCUCAAGCGGCUCGGGGUUCAGCAGACGGAUGGUGCCAAGUUUCUGAACGAGAUUCUGGUGCCGAUCUUGACUGCCGAAGAGAUCCCAGACUACGAGCAACUGAUUUCCGCUACACAGAGGAGCCGCUACUGCUUGAGUUCUUUGAACCCGCAACCAAGAACGGAAUUUCUUUGCCGUUUGCGAACCAAGAUGUGGGUGGUGGUUGACAAACCGCAACCACCCAGAAACAUGUUGACGACUAUGCAAGAUCCCGUGCAACUGUGCGACACUGUGGUGCAUGUUGUGUCUUUGCCACCUGGCAUUCGCAGUUCUUGGAAAGGACCGCCCCGGUACAGCGUGUCCUGGCUCUACAAGCAGGAUGAUGACGGAGCCGGUGACAAUCUGCCUUGGGAACAGUUUUGGGAAGAACUUGGAUGCUGGCCAGUCAUCAGUCUCCAAGUGCCCAAAGGAGAUGAUCCAAUGACGUACAGUGAAAGUCCGGAUUUCUUGCAAAUUCUUCAAGUGCUCGAGCAUCUGCAGUCUACGCCUCCGAUUGCACAGCAGGCAGCAGAGCAAUUGGUGAGGUGGUUAAAGCCCUAUGGCAAGUUCUAUUCAAAGUACUUCCCAGAGAAGCCCACUCAGAUACACCUUCCUCCAAGCUCCUUUGCAGUGGUUUUUGGCAACAGUCCCUGGAUGCCCUCCUUGAAGAAGAACAGAUUACUCACACUGAACGAAGGAUGGAUCAGCAGGUCAUCCUCCGAUGACAAGAAGAAUAAUGUCAACAACAAGCUUCUGAACACCACCUUGAAGACUUUGCGAAGAACUGGGAGUUUCUACCUUGGGUUUGGGAUCGACCCACAGCACGAAUCCUGGUGCGGACACUCAAAUCGUUCACUGGAAGGCCUGUGGCGAUUAGCCUUCAGCAUGCCAUUCAGUUCUACGACGCCCUUGCCAAAGCGUUGA